AUGCUUCCCUACGUUCUCCUUCUGCUGUUCACAGCCUUGGUGAAUGCCUAUUCAGACCCGGGAGCCUGCUCGGGGUCCUGCUGGGCUCACGACCCUAAUGUCAUCCGCCGCAAGACGGACGGCAAGUUCUUUCGCUUUUCCACCGGACUGGGGAUCUUGAUCUCGUCCGCCAGCGCCAUCACCGGGCCCUGGACCGAUUUGGGGUACGUGCUGCCCAAUGGUUCAUCGGUGACAGUGGGGAAUGCAUCCAACCUCUGGGCCCCGGACGUGCACUACGACAGUGGAACCUACUACCUGUACUAUGCCAGCUCCACGCUGGGCAGCCAAAGCUCGACGAUCGGGGUGGCCACCUCGACGACGCUGGAGGCGGGCUCGUGGACGGACCACGGCACCAUCGGGCUGACCUCGUCGUCGGCCAACACGUACAACGCGAUCGACGCCAACUGGGUCUCCAUCGGCGGCACCGGGUACCUGCAAUGGGGCUCGUACUGGCACGGCCUCUACCAGGCGCCCAUGACCAGCUCGCUGCAGAUCAGCUCCUCCACCCCGACCAACCUGGCCUACAAUGCCUCGGGCAACCACGCCAUCGAGGCGUCGUACCUCUUCGAGUACGGGGGCUACUACUACCUCACCUUCUCCAGUGGUCAGGCGCAGGGCUACACCAGCGGGCUCCCGGCACAGGGGCUCGAGUACCGCGUCGUCGUUUGCCGGUCAAAGACGGGGACGGGCAACUUUGUCGACAAGAGCGGCGUCGCAUGCACUAACAGCGGUGGAACCACCGUCCUCGCCAGUCAUGACUACGUCUACGGACCCGGUGGACAGGGCAUCGUCAACACCACCAACCACGGCAUCGUGCUGUACUACCACUACGCCAACCCCAACAUCGGCCUGGACACCUCGCAGUACCAGUUCGGCUGGAACACCCUAACCUGGGUGGACGGGUGGCCGACCGUUGCCUGA